AUGAACCAUAGACGAAGCACACCACGAGGCCCGCUGAAUGGCUCCAGCACAUUCAAAAGCUCUAACGUGGAGAAUGGAAAUCUGCAAAAGGAAUUAUUAGAGGAAAACAAACAAGAGAUAUUUGAAGCGUUUUCGCUUUUUGACAUGAACAACGACGGAUUUGUGGACUAUCAUGAACUCAAGGUAGCGGCACGCGCUCUGGGAUUUGAGCUCUCGAAACAAGAACUACUGGAGCUGCUCGAGAAAUACGACAGGGACGGCAGGCGUCUGAUGCAUUAUGAUGACUUUUUCGUAGUCAUGGGCGAGAAAAUCCUCAAUCGGGACCCAUUAGACGAAAUCAGACGCGCGUUUCAGCUUUUCGACGACGACAACACGGGCAAGAUUAGCCUGAAAAAUCUAAGACGAGUAGCGAAAGAGCUCGGCGAAAAUCUUACCGAAGAUGAGCUACGCGCAAUGAUUGACGAAUUCGACCUUGACGAUGAUGGAGAAAUAAGUGAACGUGAGUUCAUCGCUAUCUGCACGGAUACUUAA